AUGAAGAAGCUAGCGAGACAAUUGAGGAAGUCACAGGACGAUGACUUCUCUCUCCCUACGUGGGACGACCCUACUCUCAACGAUUCUCGUCCCCUAGACAUUCAAGAACAAGAAGAGUUGGUGCGUUCAUUCGAGAAGAGUCAAGCUCAGCAGAGUCGUUUAUGGAGGCUUUUGUUUGCAUCACUUCUCUUUUGCUUCACUGCGUUUCUGUUAUACUCGAUCUUCCAGCAGGUUUUGUCUCCAUGGGAAUUGCGUUAUCAUGCUUACUUCAUGGAGGAGUUGCACUCAUGGAUGAUUAUAUCAGCAGAUUGGCUAGCUGUUAUAGCAUGUUCAUCAGCCAUCAUAGGAUUACUUCAUGAUUCAAAGCAUCACCGGCGAUGGAUUUGGUACUCACUAUUUACUGGCAUUAUACUCGCAGUUUUCUGGUUGUAUUACAUGUUGAGAUUGCCAAGGUUCCGCUGGGAUGUAAUCUGGCUUCCAUUUGGACCUCUAAGUGGAGCAGGACUCACUCUGUACGUCGAUCAUCUACUAACUGAGUCAUCAGAAGAGAUAAGAAAACUUCGAGGCUAUAUGUAUGCUUACAAAGCUAGCUGA